AGGUACACACACAUGUACGCAGAGCUGGUGCAGGUGUACAGUACUUACGUGCGCGACACUUUUCAUUUCGUUUCGUGCGCUGGCGCAGGUGUGUGUUGCUGCGCUGCGCUCUGAUUUUCGGCUCGAGUCUUCUGAGAAAAUCGGCGCCGAUCGGUUCGGAAAUCAGUCGAUUUUUUUCGCUAUGUGAUCUCGGUGACGGUGGAUAAUAAACGAUCAGUGUCUACGCGAGUGUGUUCGUCUCGAAAACGUGUGUCACGAGUAUUAUCUACAGUAUAGAAAACUCUCUCUCUCGCUCUCCAGCUCACAUCGUCAUCGCGAUUGACAUGCAAAUCGACGAAAGUGCCGGAUGAGUCUCCGGGGUUUCCGGCUAUAUCACACGCCUGCCGCACAAUCUCCGCUGUUUCGUUCGUUUCGAAGCAACGAGUGCUGUACUCGAGCGUCAACUUCGUCGUCGCGAAAAAGCACGUGUGCAUCUCGUUACGUAAGACACGACGGCGCAUAGGUACGAGCGGCGCGCGCUCGCGCGGCAUGAGGCGGCCGCGACCAUCGGCGCGAGUUGGAUCGGAAUCGAGUGAGCGCGAGCCAACGGCUGAGGAUUCGAGCGAGAAUGGGGUUGUGGAGGGUUGUGCUGAUGCUUGCGACGAUCGUCGCUUCGGUCGUUACUGUUGCAGGAGCUCCGCCGAGCUGCGGCAACAACAACACGGCCUGGGAGAAGGUGCCAGGGAUGAGGCCUGAAUACGCUAGCUCGACUCAACUGCUCUACACCGGCCUCGACUCCCAGGGGAUCACCACCACCUGCUUCGAAAAGUGCAAGAGUCUAAACUGCAGCGCGUUCAUCGUCGACCUUGAGAGAAGCGGCUGUUUCGCCGUGGUGCCGGACGGCGAGGACUUUGUCCCGGAGCCGAAUGUCACUUUCUAUCACGAGAUCUGCCUGACAGUUCCGGAGAGCUGUACGAGGAAUCGACUAUGGCAGGUCGAGAGAACCCUCGGAGCUGUGCUGCUCGACUCGAUGGCGAAGGUUCUGCCGCAGCCGGUCAACAGGUCGCAGUGCUACGAAGCCUGCGUCAAUUCGACGACCUGCAAGUCCGCCGAGUUCCGGACCAGCCGGGAUCUCACGAUCGGCGACACGGUGGGGACCUGCUCGCUGCUGAGCAUCGAACGCGGAACCAAACCCCAAGCCUACCGAGCUGCCAUAUACAGGGAUGAGUAUCUGGAAAGCCAGUGCCAUAACAUUUCGAAGACGGACUACUGCUCGUACGCGGAGUACCGCAACACCACUAUGCCCUACUCCGACCUGAAAGUCGCUAAUCUCAACGCUAAGCAAUGCGAGGAAAGGUGCGACGCGAGCAGCGACGGCUUCCUCUGCCGAGCUUACGGAGUCGAAUACUCAAAGGACAACGAGCCCACUUGUCUCCUCUACUCGGAGGACACGAUAAGCGCCGGAGUAAGCGCGCUGAUUAGCGCACCGAACGCUUUCUACAAGGAGCGCGAGCCCUGCAUCGACAUGAACGUCCAGUGCACCAACUCGUCGCUGACGAUCGAGCUGCACACGACGGAGCCGUUCGUCGGUCGCAUGUACGCCAGCGGCUACAGCGAGAGCUGCGGUGUGCAAGGCCAUGGUUCGAACGUGACGACGCUGGUCCUGUCGCUGCCCGACACCUCUCACAUCGACACGGCCCCGAUGACCUGCGGACUCACUCCGGCCUACUCGGUCGAUCAGGACAACCAGACCCGAGCGGUGAUCUGGUCGACGGUGAUAGUGCAGUUCAACCCGAUAAUCCAGCGAUUGGGGGACCAGGCGGUGAGGGUCGGCUGCACCUUGGAGAGCGGCGAGGUGCCCAGUCCGCGCAGCGUCACCCUCAACUCCGGCUUCACCUUCAUCGACUCCAACGCGGGUCUGCCGCCGGUCGCCUCGACCGUCAUGAACAGGUCCUCGGUCGUACCGACCGUCAGCAUGGACAUCUUGGACGAGUCGAUGAAUCGCGCCAAUGUCACCCACAUCGGCCAGAGACUCUUUCUCAAGAUCUCCAUUCAGCCGGACCAUGGACCCUUCGAUAUCCAGGCCGGACACCUGGUGGCCAGUACCGAGUCGGGAGACUCGUCCCUGUUGUUGCUCGAUAAGAUGGGAUGUCCGGUGAUGAACGAGGCGCAGGUCUUUCCGGCCCUGGAGAAGGACCCCGCGGACAAUCGCUCGCUCGUCGCCGAGUUCAGGGCCUUCAAGUUCCCCAGCAGUCAGCACGUGCGCUUCAACGUCAUCGUCAAGUUCUGCCUGGAGAGAUGCCAGCCGACGAAAUGCGUCGACGGCGUUCUGUCCUACGGCCGUAAGAGACGGUCGGUGGACGGGCCGACGAGAGCCAACGUCACGGAAUUGUACACGUCCGGCAAUCGCACUGCGGAUGAGCUUCCGCUCCAGGCAUCGAUCAUCGUCCAGGACACGAGAUCCAGCAACCAGGACAUUUAUCCCGAUCCCCUGAGGGCCAAGGAUAAUCCGGAUACGUACAUUAUUCGCGGCUCGGAGUACAUGGACGGCCAGUUCUGCAUGAACUCGAGCCUGGCGCUCUUUCUGCUGAUCUUCCUGCUGAUUAUCCAGAUCGUCCUGAUCGGUAGCUGUGUCCUCGCGGUGAGGACCUAUCGUCGUCUGGCCAUUCGAGCCGAGGAGGACAGAGCCGACAUCCUGGCGCGUCACCUCUACGGCCUCCACGGCGGCAACUUUGAGAUCUCCAGGCGGGUUCGAUGGGCCGAUAACAAUGACUCGACCCUCAGUUGAUUAUGUCGCUAUUAGCCUCGAUUACGUUGUACAGAGUUUUGUAAUCUCGCGAAUACUACUGUCUUGCAUUUUAUCGCGUUGUAAAUAUAGAGACGUUAUGUCGUUGUAACGCCGUGUCGCUUGUUGAUACCGCCACACCGUUAAUACCCAAAGUUAAAAGUAAGCUGAUGGUGGUCUUGCAUUGUUUUGCGAAAAGUUAUUUCUUUGUGCUAUGUUCGAUUAUUUUUUAUCUUUAUUUUAUUAGAGUAUGGAUAUGAUUAUUUAAUAUAUAAUACACACGUGGAUGUUGAAGAUUAUGCUAAGGGUAUUGAUUGUUCAUUAGUUAUUUAGCCAAAGAACUACUGCUACUCACUGCGCGUGCGAGGGAUGAGUCCUUGCGAUGUACUUUUUUAAUGUAGGAUACAUUAUAAUAGACAAUACGUAAAUUUUAUCAUGCAUAACAAUUUUUAAUAAAAUUUGAAUGAACAGGAA